AUGCCCAAGGAAUCCACGAAAUCGAGCAAGAGAAAGGCCGUCGACAAGGCCGAGAAAGCUCCCAAGGCCAAGGCCAAGAGAGACCCUAAGGCACCCAAGCGUGCGCUCUCCGCAUACAUGUUCUUCAGCCAGGACUGGCGAGAGCGGAUCAAGGCAGAGAACCCUGACGCCGGGUUCGGCGAGAUUGGUAAGCUUCUCGGCGCAAAAUGGAAGGAGCUCGACGACUCCGAGAAGAAGCCGUACAUCGAGCAAGCUGCUCGCGACAAGGCACGCGCUGAGCAAGAAAAGUCCGAAUACGACAACAAGAAGGCUGACAGCGCCGGCAGCGGUGAUGGUGGUGACGAGGACGACGAGUAA